GUGCUUCCCGCCCCCUCGCCGCCACCCUAUAUGUGGCCCGCCGCGGCCGCCGGGCCAUGGAGCGCGCCUGCCGUCCUCCGCGAUGGAGCUGGCCGAGCGGCUGCUGCUGGACGCGUUGGCCUACCUGGAGUGCGCCCUGAGCUUCCUGUUCUUCGCGCUGCUCACGCUGUUGGGCUCGCCCUACGGGCGCUACGCGUCGCAGCGCGCUGCCUGGAGCCUGACGGCGCCCACCGCCUGGGCCGUGCAGGAGCUGCCCUCGCUGGCUGUGCCGCUCCUCGUGUGCGUCGCCACGGCCGCCGAGCGCCUCCGCCGCUGGCCCAACCGCAUCCUCCUAGCCAUGUUUAUCGUCCACUACACGCAACGGUCUUUGAUUUUCCCAUUUCUGAUCCGAGGAGGAAAGCCGACGCCACUGUACGCGUGUGUAUUGGCAUUCGCAUUCUGUACCUACAAUGGCUACUUGCAAAGCAGAUACUUAAGCCAAUAUGCAGUGUAUGGUGACGACUGGGUCACUGACCCCCGAUUCCUAACAGGUUUCGUCCUGUGGUUGGUAGGCAUGCUGAUAAACAUCCACUCAGAUUACAUCCUAAGGAAUCUCAGGAAGCCAGGGGAGACCGGGUACAAAAUACCGAGGGGAGGCUUGUUUGAAUAUGUCAGUGCGGCCAACUACUUCGGAGAAGUGGUGGAGUGGUGUGGCUACGGCCUGGCCAGCUGGUCCGUCCAAGGCGGCGCUUUCGCGCUCUUCACCUUCUGUGUUUUGCUCUCCAGAGCACGGCAGCACCACCAGUGGUACCUUGAGAAGUUUGAAGAUUAUCCAAAGUCCAGAAAAAUUUUAAUUCCAUUUUUGUUUUAGGUCGAUUGUCAAUGGAAUUACGUUCAACUUCAAGGUUUUAGAUGAUGCUUCUCUAGGGAUUAUAGAAAUGCAUUAUUUCUCAGUAAUUUUUAUCUUUUCCAAGGUUUACUCUAGGAAUUGUUUUCCUAGCACAUUUGCAAGCAAUCUAAUAACAAACUAAUCAAUGCAGGUUGUAGUGGCACACGGCUAGCAAGGCAGGACUCUGGAACUCUGGGUAAUUACCGCACUCCAUCUCUCUGAUUUUGGACUUACCUCAGGUUCUAUACAGCAAAGUGUGCACAAGACCGGAAUGUAGGCACCGUCUUCAUCUUCGAUGGCCUCCAUGGACCAAAACCUUCUACUACCCCUCGUACGACCCCCUACAACAAUUGGUUCAAGGUCAAGGGUGAUGUCCCCUGCCCCCGUGGACGUGUGAUCUAUCUCCAAAGUCCCUCUCAUCCUGCUGGGUCGGAGAGGCCUGGGGUACCCACAGUGUGGCCGUGACUCAGGGAAAAUCAUGAGUCUCUGUUGGGUCCUGUGUAGGCGGAGAACAUGGGGUAGAGAAAGGAGACACGGGUGGCCCAGACGGGGCCUGGAUGAAAGGCAGCUGGCGGCUGCUCCAGAAUGGCUCCUCAGGUGACUGCACUGGCAGGGCAGAGCACUGGGCAUUUGUAAGGAGCAAACUCCUUUGUCCCCCACAAAAGGGACGGGGCCCCCCAGCUCAGCAGCAACCCCACCCCCCACCCCACCCUUACUCUCCAGUCACUUGCCAUCAUCAGUCUCCAGAAUUCUCUGGUGUGAGAUGCUUUUACUUCUUCCUUUUUUUCCUACUAAGUAGAACUAGAAUUUUUUAAGGCAUUUUUUUAAAGUACUUCACAAUAUUGCAAAACGAUAUCUUGAAACAGAAUUUCUUGAGAUGCACUGGAAAGGUCCGUGAGACAACCGGCAGUAGUAAACACACCACUCACUGCCAGGUAUUUCAAAGCAAUCUCCAGGUAGAACACUGUUGAAUGUCUAGGCCAUGUGUGAGCAUCUGAUGGUUCUCCUGGCCGGGGACCUGCUGCCUCAGCCGGUGCCACGUUUGCACAGGUGGAAACCCGAAGAGAAGUGCAAAUGGGAGACUUCGCAUUCACUUCCGACCUGCUGACGGUGCUCAGGGCAGGCGUCCUCCAGAGCUCGCCUGAAGUGGUGUCCUGUGGAUUCACCCACUGCUCCCGCCCGACUCCCCAGGCCCUUCUGGGCUCGCCUCCCACGCAGGGCUCCUCCCUCACGAGUUUUCAUGCAGACUUUGUAUUCUCCGUGGACUGUUAGAGCCCCUUAGGGGGUUACAAUUACACAGAAGACUUCGUGAUGCAACUGUGCGUCAUUUUCACUAAAAAUGUUUUUGCGGGGAAAUGUUGUUAUUAAAUGAACUUUGGCCCUUUUUCUGACCCAAUGAUCACUUAAAACCAUAGAGCAAUAAAGAGCAAUAAAUAUUUUGGAUCUCCUCAGGAAAACUAAAGAAGCCUGGGCCAGUCUUGACUGAUUUGGGCCCCGCAUUUCGGAAGGCGCGCCUGGCCAGAGGGAUGUUGCGAGCUGGAGAAGCACGUUGUGGCCUGACCCCUGUCAGCUGCUCUGUGGUCCUGUCCCAGUGGGCCCAGUGCCCCAAAGUCUGAUGCUCUGCUCCUGUUUCCCAGCAUGCACUGGGUGGAUGAUUGACCUGGGAAGAGAUCCAGCCUGUCUUGUCACUGCCCUCCGUUUCCUUCUAGCUGAGUAAACUGUCAUCAGCCGUUGUACUAAUUACACUAGUUAAGGAGAUGAAUAAAGUUACUGUUAGAAGUCCAGUC